AUGGUUGGAAAAGCCGUUGGGUGUGAAAGCAUAGACAGCUUGGCAGACUGUAUGAAGACCAAGAGUUUUAAAGAACUUGUUAGGAGCACUAAAGCGCUAAGAGGUACUACUCUAUUGCUUGGUCCAGUCGUAGGAGGAUCAUUUUUACCUUCAGACACUCCAGAAGCUUUGCUUGCCAGCAGAAACAUCAGUSUUAAUAUUCUAAUAGGAUUUAACAAUGAUGAAGGAACAGUCCUCACUAAUGCAGUCCAAGGUGUAGCAAUGAUCUUUAACGUCACUGAUGGAUUCGAGAGAUCGCUCUUUGAAUCAUUGCUACGAAAAGGGUACAUAAACUGGAUUGUACGAGGUCAAAACAAGGUUAUCAACGAAGCCAUUCUCUACCGCUACACGGACUGGGACAACGUCACAGAUCGCUACAGAAACAGAAGAAUGCUUCUAGAUAUGCUUGCAGAUGUUCUCUUCAUUGCUCCUGCAAUCAAGACGGCUAGAGCACUGGCCAGUAAGUCUGUAAAAACAUACAUGUAUCAGCUUCAGUAUCGCUUUAAUUAUACCGCGGAGCUGUAUCCUGUGCCAUCUUGGGUCGGUGCGCAUCACGCUGCAGACCGACCGGUCGUGUUUGGUCAGCCAUUUUCCCUGGCUGCUGCAUCCAACGCUUCAGUUUACACCAAAGAUGCUAACUUUAGUCGAGCAGUGAUAAGAAUGUGGACCAACUUCGCUAAAACAGGGUGA